GUACUAUUUGGACUCAUCGUUCCCAGAUCCUUCCGCUGAUUCGAGUCAUUUAUUCCACCUUACUUCGGGUUCGAACUAUUCAACGAUAUCAGACUGUUUAUCGAUUCGCCAUAUAUCUCCAAUCUGUUUACUCUGAUUACACGAGGUGUGGUAUUGAAGAAGACGAAUCGAUUAUCCUUCGCAAUUGCCAUAACUUUUUUAUGCUUCGAGGUUAUAUCACCAGAACUGCGCUGUAUCAAAUAAAUGUCGAUACAGAUAAAUUCAGAGAAAUUACCUUCAAAGGUUUUAUCAAGAAUUCUAAUUCAUUGAUUACUCCAUUCGAAAAACACGCUAUUGUCUUAAUAGUUGGCCGUUAUGUGUAUGAGGAGGAUGUCACUGUGAUACAAUCUGUUCCUGUAUCUUAUUCUAAUAAUGAGUAUACUCUUACUCCAGAUGACCUACUGAAUUCAUCUCCCUUAUUACUUUACUUUGCUUUUGUAGUACCGAAUUCCUAUAUUCCUGACAAUAAUGGAAAUCGAGAAAGUUUCAUGUUAGCAAGACAAUUGUAUAAUGGAAUCACUAACAAUAAACAUGUUGAUUCUAAAAUUAUUGUAUCAUAUAUAAAUAAAAACAAUCGCUAUAGUGCUUUGAAAAAUAAUUUAAGAAAAACUGUCUUAUCUGUCAUAGAACAAUUAAAGCUUGGAUCAAAAAGGCUUCCAUAUAUUCUUGCUUCUGAUAUUGAGUAG